AUUCUUCCAGUCGCCACUUGAUGGUAGACUCGCGUGGCCGCGUAUGACUUCGUGAAUCGAAACGCAAUUAACGUAAUAAAAAUCGACUUCAAAACUUUAAAAUGUCGUAAGCGACGUUUAUAUCUUCGGUCUAAAUCAGAGUUAAUAGAAUUAAAAACAAGUUAUUCCAAAAUGGAAGCGAAAAAUAAGUUGGUUGAUCCACACAGUGAUGUUAAUAAGCCCAAUUACAUGCUCAUGUCCUUGCAGAGGAUACUAGUGCUGUCUGUAAUAAUGGCUAGUGUUAUUGUUGUUGUUUACUUCACGCCGAUGCCAGAGGAAUACUUUGAGAACUGUGAUCGAGAAUGUCACGAGCUUGAUUGGCCGAUGAUUUGUCGAGUGAAACUCGUUAUUGAAGUUUACAAAACUUACAGCAAGUCUUGUAAUAAUUGUGCCGAAGCUGGCAGUGAAUGCUCACCGACAUGCAUCACGGCGGAUGGUCGCGAGAGGGGCGUUUUAUCUGCGAAUCGAGAGUUGCCGGCUCCAGCCUUCCACGUGUGUCAAAAUGACAUUCUCGUCGUAGAUGUGGUUCACCGAGCGCCAGCGCAUGCGCUCUCAAUACACUGGCGCGGUCAACCUCAGAAGGAAACACCGUUCAUGGAUGGUGCGCCAAUGCUCACACAAUGUCCCCAGCCUGCUUACACUACUUUUCAAUACAAAUUCCGUGCAUCAGCUGUUGGUACUCAUAUGUAUCAUGCACAUUCAGCUGCUGAUGCAGCUGACGGACUCGCUGGUGCUUUCAUCGUUCGCCAAUCACCUCGGUUGGACCCACUACGAAGCCUCUAUGAUGAAGACGCCACCGAGCAUACAAUAUUUGUCGCUGAAUGGGGUCAUUCCAUGGGACCUCUUGCUGGAGUGAUAUCAAAAAUUCCUAACGCAGAAUCUUUACUCAUAAAUGGUAAAGGAAAUACACCCGAAUCAUUAAACACAGCUCUAUCCAAAUUUAAUGUAGAGUAUGGCAAAAGAUAUAGAUUUAGAUUAGUGUAUGGUGGAGGUUUUAAGAGUUGUCCUGUGACAUUUUCUAUCGACCAACACUCUCUGAAAUUAAUUGCUUUAGACGGACAUAGAAUCCAGACAGAGAUUGUCGAUUCAAUUACGUUAGGUAGGGGUGAACGAGCAGAUUUUGUUGUAGAGGCGAAAAAACCAGUUGGUCUGUAUAAAAUAAAAGUUGUUGCUAAUAAAUCAUGUCAAGAAAAUUUAGAAGGUGAAGCUGAAUUAAUAUAUACGAAUACAGGACAAAAGUCUCUAUUGCAGAAAAAGGAUAGUGAUGCACUAGUUAAUCGUGAGUUCACAACAGUGGUUGGUGAAAAUUGUGCCAGUGAUAGUGUGUUAUGUUUGGACGAAGUUCAAUCGGCUGAAAAUCUCCCCGUCGAACUAGCAAAGACCACGGACGAAGUUAUUUAUGUGCCAUUUAAUUACUCUACACGACAAAUAACAGCGAAACGUGUUGAGAGUUGGGGUCAGACAGAUGGUCACCGUUUCACUUAUCCAGCAUCACCGCUGCUGACUCAAGGAGGUGAUGUGGCCCCGGAAACCAUAUGUUCUGACAAAGAUAGCCACGGGGAAGAGUGUGUGCACGUCAAACACGUUCCUCUCCAUUCUACCGUCGAGCUUGUCAUGUUUGAUCAAGGUGGUGAGUCGGACCAUAUCUUUCACCUGCACGGAUACAGUUUUCAUGUUACUGGAAUCCGGACUUUUAACACAAGCAUGGAGAAAGACAAAAUUAUCAAGAUGAACGAGGAUGGGAUACUUUUCCCUUCCAAAAACUUGAAAAAUCCAGUCAUCAAAGACACUAUAGUCAUUCCGAAAUUCGGUGUCGUUGCGUUACGCUUUAAGGCCGAUAACCCAGGUUACUGGAUGAUGAGAGACGAAAGAUCAGCUCAUUGGACGAGGGGAUUGGAUUUUGUUUUAAAAGUCGGUGAAAGUAGGGACUUCGUUAAAGCACCUCCAGACUUUCCUAAGUGUGGUUCUUAUGUCGGGCCUGAAUAUUUUCUUAUCUAAGAAAGACUGAACUUUGUGUUACCAAUACUACUAUAAAUUAAGUCGCUCAACUAUUUAUUGCUAUGUGAUAUAAUUGUGAUUUGUGCUAACCAUUAUUUCGUAACUUUAUCCUACAAAACUCGCUUGUAAUAUUGUAAGUCUUUAUAUCUGAUGCAUAUUUUCUGUAAUAAAAACGUAAGUUUUUU